AAUCUACUCUUCCUCCUCCUCCUCCUCCUCCUCCUCCUUCCCCGGAGCACAAAAAACAUCAUCAUGGAGCCACCCUACGUCAACAGGUACCAAGGAAACAGCGACCAAGGAUACGAAAUGAGCGGCAGGAUCAUGCUCUGCGCCUUAGUCGUUUUGUUUUUUGUAGUGGUCAUCGUGUUUGCUCUCCAUCUCUACGCCCGCUGGUUCAUCCUCCGCGCGCGCCGCCGUCAUUUGGUAGCCCACCGUCGUGGCGUUGGUCGGACACGCGUCGUUUUCUAUGUAGAUUCGGAUUAUAACCCAGCCACCACCGUUUCGCGUGGUCUCGAGGCUCGUGUCCUCAGGUCUCUCCCCGUUUUCACAUACUCCGCCGAAACCCACCCCGACUCCGUCAUGGAGUGCGCCGUUUGCUUGUCGGAGUUUGAAGAAAACGAAUCGGGUCGGAUUCUGCCCAAGUGUAAACACAGUUUCCACACAGAGUGUAUUGACAUGUGGUUCUACUCUCACUCCACUUGUCCUCUCUGCCGGGCCCCGGUUGAGGAAUACAAGCCAACGCCGACGAACCCAGGUGAUGUAGCUUUGACCGUACACGAAUCAGCAGGAGUAGAGUCCGGUUCGGUCUCGGCUUCAGGGAUGUAUGCGGCUUGUGAACAGGUAGGUUCGCCGUCGUUUGGGGGACGGAGAAAGCUGUCAUUGGAAGUUCCGAGAAGGAGCAGCGAGGGGUUUGAAGGCGAGUCAAGCUCCUACAGGUCACCCAUGAGUCGGAUGUUGUCAUUCAAGAGGAUUCUGAGCAGAGAACGGCGGCAAAGCCCCUGUGCUUCGCCGAGAACGGUGACGAUCAUUGAGUCCGAUACAAGGCGAGGCGAGAGUCCAGUGUAACUGGGAAAUCAUGACUCAGUGCGACGUGAACGCGGUGGCGGUCAUAGAAUCGAGCACGGAAGUUAAGACUUUUCAAUUAGGAGUAAAGAGUAAGAAAGGAGAACAUUCCACAUUCCAUUCGGCGUGGACUGUGUGGACAUUGAAUGUACAGUAGCGGCUGGCUUGUUUGACCCGGUUUAUUACUUCUUUUACUGGGGAACAUUUGGAUGAAUCUUCGUUUUUUUUUUUUAUACAUUUGGAAGAUUUAUUAAAUUUGUGUAAAAUUA